AUGCUGCUUACUUUUCUUUGGUUUUCUGCAGGCGGUCACAAGUCGAGAGUGCCAGUAGUGGGCGUGCUGAUAGAAGGUGGGCACCAGACUUUUCGUACAGUCUUCGAACUCCUCACCGGUCGCAAUCCCGUUCCCGUGGUUAUAUGUGAUGGAUCUGGACGUGCAGCGGACCUCCUUGCCUUCAUGUAUCAUUAUGCCGGACCUGAUGGAGACUUGGUGCCGAAUCUGCGGAGACAAGUGAUUGCUAACAUUGGGAGAACGUUCCAAAUCAAGCAAUCCGAGGCCGAGAGCCUCUACCUGGACAUGAAGCUGUGCAUGAAACGUCGUGAUCUCGUAAGUUAUUCCUCCUUAUUUCUGAGCGUCUUUCAAAUGGGUGAUGGGACCUCCGAUGAAAUUGACUUGACUAUUCUAACUGCCCUACUUCAAGUGUCUUCCCAUUGCUCCCCUAACCUAGCUCCCGGACAGAAUCUGACACCUGCGGAUCAACUUUCACUUACCAUGGCAUGGCAACGUCCUGAUAUCGCGCGAUCACGAAUCCUCGUCAAUGUCAACGACUGGUCGAACCCCACCCUGGAGAAUGCAAUGACAGACGCUCUAAUUAAUGAUCGCUUAGAAUUCGUACAACUGCUACUAGAAAAGGGUUUGGAUGUCUACAAAUUCCUUACGGUUCGACGACUACAGGAACUCUAUGCCGUUUCGUAUGCUUGGAAGAAUCAUUUAUUCAGUCGACUAUUCAAGAAACUUCUCGGAGCCCGACCGGUAGGUUCAAAGAGACUUCCGAGUCAUGAGGAAGUGGGGUCGUCUCAGACCAUCUCGCUUCGGUUGAUUGGACAAAUGUUGGAACAAGUGAUUGGAAAUGGCUAUCAACACCCCUAUUGCUCAAAGCGUCUUGAUCUUCAUCUCCGAACUAUCGUCGUGCCGGUGAAACAGCCAGGAAGAGCGCGAAAUCGCUGGUCAACAUAUGGUGGGUCGAACGCAAGUUCGGGAGGGCGCCAGUGGAGUGAGGCGGGGUCCACUUCGGGAUGGACAGCCUCUGCAACUUCAGAGUGGGUCGCUAGCGGAAACGCUUCGCACUACCCUGCUGUCGCACUCACCACCACUAGUACCGGUGACGGGACAACAGAGUAUGACACUGGUGGUCCUGAUGAUGACAUGAUCUGCUUCCGAUAUCCCUACACCGAACUGCUGCAGUGGGCUCUCCUCACCUGUCACUUCUCUUUGGCUCGAUUUAUGGUGUUGUCGGGCGAAGAGGCUAUCGCCAAGGCGAGCUUUACUUUCUGUGCGAAUUCUUCGUGGCAUGCGCAAAUUCAUGGACGUGGAGUCGGAAACGGAGUUAAUAAAGGUCAUUCGCGCUCAGGAGGAGUGAAAGUGGGACUGAACAUUGUUUUGUUGUGCAAUGUAUAUAUGCCUUGUCUUCCUCCUCCCCACUACGUCUCAAGAGCUUUCGAGAACCUGGCGGUAGAGUUGCAAGAACAUUGCCAUCGCCAUGACUCUGCGCAAACACGUCGCUUGCUGACAUACGAGCUGCGAAACUUCUCCUGCAAUACCUGUCUCUCUCUAGCAUAUAUGUGCGAGUCCAAGUCCUUCAUUGCACACCCUUGUGCACAGGCUAUCCUCUCCGACCUUUGGUACGGAGGACUGCGUGAGGGUCGCUUCGUUUCAGCCAAAAUUACCCUUAUUCUACUCGGUCUUUCCCUACCGCCGCUGUAUCCUCUCAUUGCACUCUGUUUUGCUUCGUUCUCGUCGAAGUUCUUGGAGUUUAAAACAAGAGAAGAGCUGUCAGCGCAGCCACAAACAUGGGAGGAACAUCUAGACGAGAUGGACAACUCAUCAUCAUCUUCAUCUUCCUCGUCCUCCUCCUCCUCAUCAUCUUCAUCUAGUCGCUCGUCUUCGCCAAGUCACAGCGGCACAGACGACGGGAAGACUAGAAUUGUGGAACAUUCUACCCUCAUCGCUCCAGUAUCCCCUCUGCGACCCGGCUCUGAACCAUUACCAACAAAUCGAAUUGUCCAAGGAUUUGCAAUGGAAGUACCAACGUACGAUUGUGUUGCAUUGGAAAAUGGGAUUGCCAGGGAUGAAUUUCGGCACUGCAACAACCAUGCUACUCGACCUUCUCGAAUCCGUGCUUUCUCCGACACCAUCGUUAAGGCUAAGGUUGGAUACUCUACUUCGUCAACUGCGAAACACCUAGCUCUGCCCGAAACGGCCACUACAACCACGGUCUCAAUGGUGAAUGAGUAUAAAGACUCGAGCGAUGUUUCGAUGAGGAACGAAGAUGUGGUUGAUGAGGCCACGCCUCUGCCAACCAUACAGGUGGAAGGGGUGCCUGUUCUGGGGAAGGAGCCCAACACGAAAGCAUUAAGCUUGUCGGUAGAUGAGAAUAGAAAGGGGCACAGUGUAUCAGAACAGCCGAUCGAAACCGCACUACAGAACGUACCAGGAGAUGCAGAGAAUAUAGUGGUGACGAUCAAACAACCGCAUCAAAAGCGCACCUGUCGGCGUAACUCCAAAUCGACAGGUGAUCUCAGAACCAUUACAAUGGAGAUCGGGGAACGAGGGAUUCAAGUUCGGCAUCGUAGACGACGCCAAGUUCUGCUAAACCCAACACAAAUCGCUCAACCCACAUGCCACUCUUGUCCUACUAAUAUUGAAGUUGAAGCACCAUGCAGAGUCUCGAGUGUAGGUUCAGCAGACAGCGAACCCCCCUUGCCGCAGCGGAAUCAGCUCUCUGCGACGCGAUCACGAUCCUCAGCGACGCCAGUAGUACUACAAAGGACACACGGUGUCUCGAAUGUCUCUCGUCCUAUAUCCAACACCUAUCGCUCUGCACCAAACGGAGUCGUGGGGACAGGCGCGCAUUUCUCCUACUACCCCAAUGGCGGUGGCGGUGGGGGCGGCGGUGGAGGUGGUGGUAACGGUGCUGUGGAUACUGGCGUAGGUGACUCUCCGGACGAGACACAACAACAUCAAUUGUCGUGGCGCAAGAAGGUGUAUGAGUUCUUCUCUGCACCUGUCACCCGAUUCUACCUUCAUGUGAUACUCUAUCUGAUCUUUAUGCUCAUGUUCAUAUGCUACUGCCUCAUUUGCGUGCCGUACCAGUCGUUGAACGCUUUGGAAGUAUACAUCUACCUCCAUAUCCUUACCUAUGCCAUUGACAAAUUUCGAGAGGUGACACUUUCGCCAGGUGUGAGGUACUGUCAGAAGAUGUUGGUGCACCUGUCGUCCUUCUGGAACGUCUACGACUUCGUCCUCAGCUUCUUCUCUGUCCUCGGAGUGAUUGUGCGUAUGGUGGGGCUUCGGAAUCGCAUGACCUUUCUUUGGGGACGCAACAUCCUCGUCUGCUGCUGUGUUUUCUGGUUGAUGCGAUUCCUCGAGUUGAUGCAAAUUUGGCGCUUCUCGGGUCCCUAUAUAUACGUCAUCGUGAAGAUGUUGCAGGCGAUGAUUCCACUUCUGAGCCUCGUCUUUCUACCUCUAGUAGCUUUUGGUACUCUCCGUGAAGGCAUUAUGGUGAUGAAUCGCACCCAUGUCACUGUGGAGGGCAUUAAGAAUAUCCUAUUGGAGCCCUACUUCAUGCUUUACGGCGAGGUCUAUGCUCCUGAGAUCGAUCCCGCGGACUGGGGUGUAAACUUAGAUGAAACACCCCUCUAUCAGAUGGUGCCAAUUAUGGACGUUGUCUACCUCCUUUACUCAAUCGUUCUUAUGCUCAGCGUCAUUAUUGCCGUCUUCAAUAGCAUCUAUUCUCGUGUACUUGCACAAUCAGAACUCAUUUAUAAGUAUCUUCGGUACUCCAUUAUUAUUGAGUACGAGUCGCGACCCCUGCUUCCGCCACCCUUUAUCAUAAUUUCAUGGAUCUAUGCCAUUUUCAGGGGUGUUUAUCGUAGUUUUGUUUGUAUUCAUUUCUGUCUUUACAAAGGCGAUGUCGAGAGCAUCACCAUUGCCGAUGCGUUUUACGAUGUGCAAGACGUUACCGUCAUUGUCGUCGAGAUAUCUGGAAGCGAUGUCGGAAUGUUUGCCGCAGGUCAUCGUCAUCGAAUGCAUUCAUCAUCCAAAGGAAACUCGUUCGAUAUUGGACACAUAUUUGCGCCCGGUACUGCCUUACCCACAGCAGAACAUCAGUCAAACGGUCUCAAACUCUUCCUAAAGCCCGAGGAAGUCGAAAAAUUGCACGAUUUUGAGGAAGAAUGCGUUGAAGACUACUGGCGCGAGAAGCAACGGGAUGAGCGCAAACAGUCCGAGCUACAGUUAGAUAACAUUAGUUCCAGCUUUCAUUGCGUAUACGUCAACCAGAAUCUGAAGAGGUUGAGGGCAGAGCGUAUCGUAAAUGCCUUCCCACAUUACAUUGUCAAAGUCAAACAAGCUCUUGAUUGGUGUCGGAAACGCUUCAUCCUGGGGGAUUUGUCACGUUUCACAAUCAUCCCGAAUGAGAGGCUUCAUCUUGCCAUUGGUUUCUGCCACGUACUGGUGCCAUAUGAUUUUCAAACUUUGACAUUCCAAAUUUUUCUCAACAGGUUGGCAGCAAUGCAAUAUCGUCUGGGCGAAGUUCACCUUCGACAGCAGCAGCUGCGGGGCCAUUUCCACUCUCUGGAAGAAGAGGUGCUGGCGGGACAGGAAGAGGUGAUUUCGUGGCUUGACGACUACCAACACGAAAGGGAUACCAUAGUGGCGGCUGCGGAGGCUACGAUGCUAAGUCUGCAAAACCAACUCCCACCUUUCGAUCAGCGAGGCGAGAGUGACCCCAUUUUACUGGGCAGUGUAAUUUGGCUUCUUAAAAAUGCAAUGGAUAAGGAGACUAGUGAGUUCCGAGUAGCAUUUGAAAGAGCUCCUGGUUAUGAUAGUGUUGGUCGAUUUCUAAUCAUUUGGGAUGCUUACCUUAUCAGCGUUAUGGUUUUAUCUGCAGCUAGUGACAAUGGUUCUGAUGACGACAAUGAAACUUUAUUGCGUAAUCGAAGACGUGGAGAUGGCAGCAACCUAAUCAUUUCCUCUCUUCGUUCCCAUCGGCGACGCCAUUGUCAACAAAAACAAAUGCAGCACCGCCGUGGAUUUGCUACCAAUCUUUCCUCGCAUACUGAAGAAGGGAGUGAGGAUGAAGAGGUGGUAGUGGAUCGAAGCAGUAGUCGGGACAAAGGGAAGCUUCCUGCUACUACCAACACCGCUUUCUCUGCUGCAUUGACGACGCUGGAUCCUGCAAGCGGUAUAGACGUUAUGGGUGUAAGCAAAGAACAAGAGUCACGGAGCCUGCAAUAUGAGUUGAAUCAACAACAGAGACAGUGCUCUGCGGGGUCGGAUGAUCGUGAUGGUGACAGCGAUGGAAGAAAGGAGAAUGAGGCAGAAGCCGAAUCGAUGGAUAAAUUGAUGCCAUUAAACGGUGAUAACGCUCUUGACUGGCUUCAACUCCUCGCUCAACGUGUGAGAGAGCUGCAGCUUCAGCGUCUGCAAGAGCAGCAGCUACGGCAACAACUGCAAAUGAAGCUACAGAUGCGAGCUCAGGAUCGGGAACGCAGUCCUUUCACCUACCAUCAACGUCAACGGCAACAGCAACGUGGUCAUACCCUCUCCGUCUCACCAACGCCCAGUCUGUCUGCUCAACCACUGCCUUCAACUUCUGGCAGACUUGAUACUAUCCAACGCCGCCAAUCCUUGCUUUUCGCCCACCAAGGGCGACACAAUAGACAGCCACUGAUUUCACAUCAACCGGCUCACCGAGAAUACACCACCAUCUUGGAUGACAUUGACAUCUCUCAUCUCCUGCAAACAGACAGUCCAGACGCAAGUCCAAUGGGAUCGCGAUUGGACCUAAAUACCAUACAUCUGAUCUCACACCCCACUGACAGUUUGGGAAAGCGAACUCGUCGGCACCGAGGCGCACGGUUCGCCCUUCCACCAGUUGGUGCAAGCACCGGUGUUGGAGGAGUGGGGCCGCCCCACCAGCAUUCUACAUCACCGCCACCCGUCACUGCGCCACCGGCAUUGAAUCUGAUGCCAUCACGUGUUACUUCGGUGGCGACACAGGAUGUCACCUUUGACUUUCAUAAACUCUGUGAUAAACAACAACCCCAUCAACAUCCUCAAGGUUCUUCAAAUACCUCCUUUGUUGAUUUGCCUCAUGCGGAAGCGGGAACCAUGACUCUGGAACAAAAGAACGAGCGGUCUGAUUUGAAGGUGGCAACCGGUACGCACAGUCGGAACCUAUCCACUUCUCCCACCAACUCCCCUUACCACGGUAGGAUCAGCAGCUCUCCUACCUCGUCUCAUAAUAUGCGUGAUGCCUCCUCUAGUGACGACGAAAUGGAAGGCGAGGCUGAUGAAAUUCAUGUGGAUUUGGACAUGGAUGCUGCUGCAAUGGUAAAAGAUCCUCUCUAUCUAGCCGAGGCAGCGGAGUGGACAGAACUCGGUGGAGUGAUGCUUCGUCGCCUUCGACAACUUUCUGUCACAUUGGAUGAGGAGAUUAUUCCACCACUUCAGGAAACAUCCGCCAGCGUCGUUGUUGAAGUCGGCGACCCUGCGACUAUUGCUGCCCCUGACUCUGAGGGAGGUGGCUUGCAGCAACCUGCGGCCACAGUGGAGGGCAUCUGUGCUACCGAUGAUGUGUGGAAUGCUGCGGCUACUGCGUUGCAAGUGGCGACAGGAGGAGCAGCGGCUCUUGAAGUUGUGGACCCCGACUUAGAUUUGGAUUACAUUCCCCCUGCCAUUUCACCAAUCACACCUGGCUCUCUCUCCAGCUUGGUGAUGGUUGGACCGGGAUCAACAGUGGGGGAUGACCCACACCACGCAGAGGAAGGGCCAUCGACGUGGAUGCAUCUACAUCGGCACCAUCAGUCUCAUCAUCCACAUGCUUAA